GUCUACAUCGUCAGCCUACUCGUAGUUUAUAGUUUUAAUGUUAUCUACCCUGAUUAAUAACUCAACAAAAUGAGUAGGCUUCGAAAACUUUUACAGCAAAUAAAUUUGGCCGAACCGCGACAGCAACCUUUGUUUGUUAUGCGCAAAGACUCGCUGAUGUACGUCCCAAACGAGGAAGCUGAAAACAGCUUUCAAAUUAAACAAUUUGUAUCAGAGGAUUUGGAAGUCAGCAGUCAGUACGGUGCACACAACAGCAUCACUUAUACUGCCCUCAAUUUGCGAGGGAAAACAAACCGGUUUCCGUCUUCUGGUGAUUUUUCGGAUACUUAUAUGCUGGCACAGUACGGGCGUUGGUGGCAGGAGGCACCCUCGUUUAGUCCGGACUUUGGAAUUGCAAAUUUACCAUUCGAGUUAAACUGUCCUGUGGAUGACUACAUUGUGGUGAAGUUCGAGCAAGCCGUUUACCCUUCUCGCGUAGAAAUUUUCGAAACACUAAAUGCUGGGUCGGUAUAUCGCUUGUGGGUUUACACAGUCCUAAAAACAUGGGUGCUCAUCUGGGAUCGCUCCGAGGACACGGUGCUUCAAAACGUGUUGGGCGAAGGUACAGCCAAACUAUUCGUUCCCUGUAUACGACGCAUCAAUUCAAUUACGAAUAUUUUGAAGGUGGAAUUAGGCCACCGCCAUCAAUCGUAUUAUAGUGCCAUAGAUGCGAUAGCAUUAUAUGGCGAACCUCCAAGCUGCGUUUCCAAGAGUACAGCAAAAACAAGCGUCGUAAAAGUUUCAACGUGUGCUGUUGCAAAUGAAACUGGCAGGCUAAUAUUGAGUGACUUGCCGCAAGAAAUAAUUUAUCACAUUUUUAAAUACUUGGACUUGAUCUCUCUAAGGCAAGUGGAGCGCGUUUGCCAUAAAUUUGCUACUGUUACCAAAGAUUGGCGCCUUUAUCGGGAGGUAAAUUUGCGUCCGUACUGGAUGAUGGCCGACGAUGUCCUGAUUGAUUGGCUGGCAGAACGUGCCACGCAUAUUGAGAAGCUGGAUUUAUCUUGGUGUGGAUCUUACGGUGGAUUUGGCGAAUCACAUAUCGAAAGACUUCUACUUCAUGGAGGUGCUGGUAUUAGGAAAAUACGAAUCAAUUGUAACUAUCACGCGCAUUUUGUGUGCCGGCUUAUCUAUAUCAAAGGUCUAGAGUUGGAAGAAUUUAGCGUUGCCAAUUCGCCAAUUGAGCCAUACAUUUGUUCGGACUAUUUAUGGCAAUCCUUGCAACGGCUGAACGUCUCAUAUACCAACAUUCGGACACGUUCGUUGCUCGGAAUCCUAAGCACAAGUCGUCAGUUACGUCACUUGAACGUCAACUGUUGCACGACGCUGGACAUGACGGCCGUGUUGGAAAAGCUCGGCACAACCAAUCUCGAUCUUGUUAGUUUUAACGCUUUCAAAACAGAACCAUUUCCAGAAUCUUCGUUACUGGCUCUUCGAAAAUGCACCAAACUGCAGGAGCUAGACAUCGGCUGGUCAACAAUCAAUAACGAGUGGCCACCAUUAGCGUUACAGGCAUUGGUGCGAGAAUGUGGUAGCGGGCUGAAGAAACUCUAUCUUGGAGCGAUGAGGGGCUUACUUGACGAUGACUUGCUGACCAUCGCAUCCCACUGUUCGGUAUUAGAACAACUGGCGCUGGUUGGUUGUACGAACGUGACCCCAACGGGAGUGGAAACGGUGCUCAGUAACUGUAGAACGCUGCGUCUUCUAGAUGUCAGUCACUGCAUGACCAGAGAUUGUCAGAAUCUAGCGACGUGGGCGAAGCUUUAUCCAGAAAUCGACAUUCAGUGUGUUGUACGUACACAAGAAGACUAAAGCGAGUAUACCGCCGUUGACAGCAGCCUAUCCUCGCAAAACUGAUUAAAAACUGAACUAAAAGGUUGUAAUUUAUCGGACUGUCUAGCUCACAGAUACUUAUUGCUAAUCUCAUAUAACACUUUAUAUAUAUUUAUAUAUUUAAUUUAUAAUCUAUAUUAUAAAAAUGCAACUCUAUUUCGUGUGCGGUUUAUAGACUCCGAAACUACUGAACCAAUUGACUCGAAAUUUGGUAUACAGAGGUUUUAGGGGCCGGUGAGUGGCAGAGACAUGGUUAGAAACUCCUCACUCCCCUUUUUUCUUUCCCCUUCCUAAGAACUAACUAUUAAAAAUAUUAAUUACUCCACAAGUUAUGAAUCGAAUCUCAUCAAAACUCGCACAAUUGUUGAUGGUCACCUGAGAAACCAUGUGACAAAAUUUGGUCUUUGCAGGACGAGCGGAAGGGGUGGUCCCAUACAACCCCUAUCCUUAAAAUACGUAAUGUGGGCAAUGUGGGUAUCGUUUGUUAGGUUUUGGCGGUCUCUAAAUCGAUUGGUUUUACUUAAAAGCCUUUUCCUUCCUCCCAUCACCACCUCUCUUUGCAUCCAUCUUGAAGUAGUGUGAUGUUAGGGGAAACUGCAUAGUUUCCCUGCAGUAAACUGCGUUUAAUUUUUGAAGAAGGUGAGAAAGAGAGGAAGAGAGAGAAAGAGAGAGAGAGAGAGAGAGAGAGAGAGAGAGAGAGAGAAAGAGAGGUAGAGAGAGAAAGAGAAAGAGAUAGCAAGGGACUGCUACAGCCUUCUAGUUUUCAUUUAGGAUCAUAUAAUAGAAAAAGCUCCCAUAUAAACGUAACAUCAAAUUCAGCGUUGUUUUCGGGUUGCAAAUCGGGUUGUUUUCGAACAUAUCGAACCAAAUUCUGCAGGUGGGAGUUUUUGGGAAGGGAUAAUUUUCUGGUGAAUGUUUGAAACCCCUCGCUACUUUACAAAGAGGGCUCCCGUUCACAAUUUCGGUAAAUUUCAGCAAAAAGUGCAAAAAGCAAAAAGCUCGAAAAGUGGUCAAACAAUUUGAGUCAAAUUUAGCUGGUGCGAGUUCAUGCAACGGGAAGCGGGAAGGAAAGCCAAUCGGAUACAUCACCGAUCACCAUCACCGGAUACAUACAAACUGAACAAAUACGUCACCGAGAAGCCCGAUCGUCUGAAAAGUAGGAGUAACGGGAAAUGAGAAGGGAAUCAGAUCGGAUACGUCAUCGGGAAGUCCUUUGAAACGCCAGAUUGAGAAAUGAUGAUGAAAUGAGGCGUGGCGACGCGCGCCGGGGACAGCUAGUAAUUUAUAUAACACUCAAACAUAUAUCAGCGCAUUUUCCUUGUAUUCGUUCUUUUGGAAAUAUAAUAUGCUAAUACUAUUGCAAUAGUCGAUAUGUAUGUUUGACAUAUAAUAUAUAAAUGUUAGUUGUUCUAUGAAUUUUACUAUAAUAAAUGUUUUGUUUGUUUGGAUUUGGGGUGUCGACUUUAUGAAAAGUCCAUCAGUAUGUAACAUGUGCCUAGGUGAUGAUUUGCACAUUUUUUUGUAUAUUUAUCUUCUAUAGUUAUGUAAUGUUAUAUAAUUAAAAGG